CGCCGGGGUCCUCGGAGCGCUCGGGCUGCGCGCGGAGCGGGCUCGGGAGGGAAGUCCCGAGACAAAGGAAGCGCCGCGCCGCCACCGUCGCCUCCGCCUCGUCCGCCUCGUUUGCCGGGCUGCGACCGCCCGAGGACUUUGAAUAUGUCGGGGAUCGCUCUCAGCAGACUCGCCCAGGAGAGGAAAGCUUGGAGAAAAGACCACCCAUUUGGUUUUGUGGCUGUCCCGACAAAAAACCCCGACGGCACAAUGAACCUCAUGAACUGGGAGUGCGCCAUUCCAGGGAAGAAAGGGACCCCGUGGGAAGGAGGCUUGUUUAAACUACGGAUGCUCUUCAAAGAUGACUAUCCAUCCUCACCGCCGAAAUGCAAAUUUGAACCACCGUUAUUUCACCCUAACGUGUACCCUUCAGGCACCGUGUGCCUGUCCAUCCUUGAGGAGGACAAGGACUGGAGGCCAGCCAUCACGAUUAAGCAGAUUUUACUAGGAAUACAGGAACUUCUAAAUGAACCAAAUAUUCAAGAUCCAGCUCAAGCAGAGGCCUACACAAUUUACUGCCAAAACAGAGUGGAAUACGAGAAAAGGGUUCGAGCACAAGCCAAGAAGUUUGCACCCUCAUAAGCAGCGACCUGCGGCAGCAUCAAAAGGAAGGGAUUGGUUUGGCAAGAACUUGUUUACAGCCUUUGCAGAUCUAGCAUUGCUCUGUACAAUUACUAGUCACUAGGGGAGGCGGGCGGGCGCCAUUUUCCAUUUCCGCCACUGGUACACAGUUCUCGACUCGCUGAAUUGCCCAGUUUUUCAUACAGGGUCUCUUCCUUCAGUCUUUUGUAUUUUUGAUUGUUAAUGUAAAACUUGCUUUUAUUUUAAUAUUGAUGUCAGUAUUUCAACUGCUGUAAAAUUAUAAACUUUUAUACUUCGAUGAGUCCCUGAGGAGCUAGUUCCCUUUGCUCGCGGGUGCAGGCAUGCUUCCCACCGUCAGAGCUUACACGUAGCGUCGAGCUGGCUAUACGAAAAAGAUCAGCCUGUCCCCCGCCCUCACACCUCUGUCCUCUCUGCAGACCCCGGGUUGUGUUGCUAUGAGCCUCAGAUCCAAAGUCAGCCAGCCUCUCGUUUCCGCAUCACUUCCUUUGUGUUUAUAUGGCGUUUUGUCUGUGUUGCUGUUUAGAGUAAAUAAACUGUUUAUAUAAAGGUUUUUGUUGCAUUAUCGUCAUUAAAAGUGUGAGGAGGCGGCCUUGGGGUGCCCAGGCCCUCUGCACUCAGCCGCAGGUCUCACAGAGCACCGGCCUCAGCGCCAACACAUCUUGCUGCCUGUGCCUGGGCCCUGCGUGGCGUUUGUCCUGGUCCUUUGUAAAUAGUGCUGUGUACAGAGAUGGCGUGUGUCCAGGGCUUCUGUCCCCCGCACGUGGGUCUUCAGGCCAUAGAGCGCUAGCGUUCAGAUCUGAUCAGGUUGGGACUGGCAUCAAGACCUUUCUAAAGCACGCGCCACCCGAGCCAUCAGGAGGACGAGGUGCCUGAACCCAGGCAAGGGCCGAGUCUGAGUGAGGACUGCAUCCAAGCCAUGGGCCCUCCUCAGUGGCUGGCCGAGGGUGGCUGCGCCGUGGCGAUGCUGCCUUGCCUCUGGACAGGGCACGUGGCCUCGCAUCCGGUAGUGCACUGCCUGCCCAGGCCUCGGCUGCCCUUAGGCCUCGGCUGCCCUUAGGCCUCUGCCUGUAGCGCCCACAGCCCUCCCAUGCUCACUGCAUCGGCCCCACCCCUAUGCGCAGGUGGUCCCAGGCACCAGGACACCCCAAGAGCAGCUUUGAGGGCCGCUGUCGCAUGCUCUUCCUGUUUCCUGAAGCAUUCUGAACCUGGUCGCCCAAGGAGGCCGCUCUCCCCAGAAGGCACCCUGGAGCCUGACUGAGCCCGCAGCAGAGCUUCCCGGAGUUGGCUGCCUGUUCUGUCCUGUCUGGAAGCAGGCCUGGACCCCAGCUCAGCGGGGAGGUGCCAUAGAUGGAGACAGGAAGUGGCAGCAGGGGACCUGGCCUCUGGGCCCAGCAAGCACAGUGUUGACCAUACCGGAGGCCUGGAGCUGGCCCCGUACCAGCUGGCCUUGCCCCUCCCUCCCCGAGGACCCUCGCUGUCAGAACCAGUUUGCCUGUGGCUCCGGCACACGGACUGAAGCGGGGAUGGUCCCCGAAGGGGUGGGGAGCGAAGGGAGGGCUGGUCAUCCGGGCCCUCGGCCAGGAAGGGGUGCGUCCGUUCACCCCACAAAAUGUUGCCCCCUCAGCCGACAGCACCUGCGUGGCCCGAGGGCCCAGUGCCUUGUUCACUUGCUUAGCUGGACGUCUGUCAGGGUGCUGAGCUCUGAGCUCUUGGUUGGAUGUUCGCGAUUAUUCCUAAUGCAGGGGGCCUUACUGGGGGGGUUCAGCAGGUCAUGUGUGUAUAGCCCCUUCCAGAAUGUCUUAUUUUGUAAUGACUGAACUACACUUAGUAAUAGUGACACAUGUAUAUGGUUAAUAUAUAUGGAAAUGCAAUAUAUUUUCUAGUUAAGAGCAUUCUAAAGUAAUCGAUGUUUCUAGCAAAUUGUCGUGACUUGGGCUAAUGAAAUGUCCUUUUGUGCCACAGUCCUUGGCUUAACAAAGAUGUGAAUCUUGUAACACGAGAACUAUGAAAUGUGAUCAUUCUGUUUCUACUGUAAGGGAAGAGAGUGUGUUCCCAGCAUGAGGCGCCUAAUUAGGAAUUGUGGGCAAUAGAUUAACCACUGUAUCUAAGAAUCCUCUAAUUAAAACAUUUCCACAAUC